AUGAAAAAAAGCGAAGAAAUGGAACCUGCAAAUUACACCAGGGUGACAGAAUUUGUUCUCACGGGCUUAGCCCAGACUCGGGAGGUGCAACUAGUCCUAUUUGUUAUAUUUCUAUCUUUCUAUUUGUUCAUUCUUCCAGGAAAUAUUCUUAUUAUUUGUGCUAUCAGGCUUGACCCCCAUCUGACCUCACCCAUGUAUUUCCUGUUGGCUAACUUGGCCUUCCUUGACAUUUGGUAUUCCUCCAUCACAGCCCCUAAAAUGCUUGUAGACUUCUUUGUGGAAAGGAAGAUAAUUUCCUUUGGCGGGUGCAUUGCACAACUCUUCUUCCUGCACUUUGUUGGGGCCUCAGAGAUGUUCCUGCUCACAGUAAUGGCCUUUGACCGCUAUGCUGCUAUCUGCCGCCCCCUCCACUAUGGUGCCAUCAUGAAUCGAUGCCUCUGCUGUAUUCUGGUGGCUCUGGCCUGGAUGGGGGGCUUCAUUCAUUCUAUAAUACAGGUGGCUCUCAUUGUUCAACUUCCCUUUUGUGGGCCCAAUGAGUUAGACAGUUACUUCUGUGACAUCACGCAGGUUGUUCGGAUUGCCUGUGCCAAUACCUUCCCGGAGGAGUUAGUGAUGAUCUUUAGCAGUGGUCUGAUCUCUGUGGUGUGUUUCAUUGCUCUCCUAAUGUCGUAUGCCUUCCUCCUGGCCAUGCUCAAGAAACACUCAGGCUCAAGUGAGAGUACUGGCCGGGCCAUGUCCACCUGCUAUUCUCACAUCACUAUUGUGGUGCUAAUGUUUGGGCCAUCCAUCUAUAUUUAUGCUCGCCCAUUUGACUCUUUUUCCCUCGAUAAAGUGGUGUCUGUGUUCCAUACUGUGAUAUUCCCUUUACUUAAUCCUAUCAUCUACACAUUGCGAAACAAGGAAGUAAAGACAGCCAUGAGGAAGUUGGUCAACAGAUAUAUUUUACGUAAAGAGAAGUGA